AUGGUUUCCGGUGAUGAUUUCAAUGGUGGCAGAUUACCGCGAAAAACAACUAGAUCUCCGAAUAGAAAAUCAAAGAAGGUUGAUGCAGAUGUAGUAAAAGGAUCAGCGUUGCGAAAUGAAUCGCAACCCUCUGUCCACAAAAGAAACCUCUACGUGGUUUCCUUUCCGAUUAUUAUUCUCUUCAACCUGUUACGAUCCAUUUUAUAUCAGUUAUUUAUAAUUUUCAAAUAUUUGUAUUCUGCAUCACAUCGGUUUAUCCAUAGGCCUCGUAAAAGUGGUGAGUGCAAUUUGGAAGUGGUUGUUAAAGACGGGAUUAUAUCGACAGAAAUUGUCCACGCUGAAGAAAUGCCGUAUACAAAUAAUGUUGGACCAGGAGAUCCAUUACUAGCCAAACAGAAGCAUCAUCAUCGCAAGGCUUUUGAAUACAUAUCGAAAGCAUUGAAGAUAGAUGAGGAAAAUGAAGGUCAAAAAGAACUAGCCAUAGAAUUAUAUAAAAAAGGGAUCUAUGAAUUGGAGCGCGGUAUUGCUGUGGAUUGCUGGGGAGGUCGUGGAGAUGCAUGGCAAAGAGCUCAAAGACUACAUGAAAAAAUGAAAACUAAUCUGGGAAUGGCAAAAGACCGGUUACAUUUUCUUGCCAACCUUGUGGCCCUGAGUAAAUUGGGGGUUGAAACUGAGCCUGAGAGGAGUGAAAAAAAACCUAUGGAGUCCCCAUUUAAGGCGAGAAGGCCACUAGAGAAGUCGAAGACGACACUGCUAGCGCAUACAGAAAGUAACAGUGGUCAAACGAAGCCACCAACUGAAGGUAGAAUACCACACUAUACUUAG